ACCCCCACAGGUGAUUCGGAAGUACAUGUCGGGCGGGCUGUGUGGCUAUGACCGCGAGGGCAGCCCGGUGCGCUACGAGAUCAUCGGGCCGCUGGACGGCAAGGGGCUGCUCUUCUCCGCCUCCAAGCAGGACCUGAUCAAAAACAAGUUCCGGGACUGUGAACUGCUCCGGCUGGCGUGUGAACAGCAGAGUGAAAAGCUGGGCAAGAAGAUUGAGAUGGUGAUGAUGGUGUACGACUGUGAGGGCCUGGGCCUGAAGCACCUCUGGAAGCCAGCUGUGGACACGUAUGGGGAGAUCCUGUCCAUGUUCGAGGAGAAUUACCCCGAGUCCCUCAAGCGCCUCUUUAUUGUGAAGGCCCCCAAGCUCUUCCCCGUGGCCUACAACCUGGUCAAGCACUUCCUGAGCGAGGACACGCGCAAGAAGGUUGUGGUGUUGGGAUCCAACUGGAAGGAGGUCCUGCAGAAGUACAUCGACCCCGCGCAGAUCCCGGUGGAGUACGGGGGGACACUGACAGACCCUGAUGGGGACCCCAAGUGCUCCAGCAAGAUAAACUACGGGGGGGAUGUGCCCCAGCAUUACUACGUGCGGGACCAGCUGGCACAGAAGUACGAGCACUCGGUCGUGGUCAACCGGGGCUCGUCCCACCAGGUCGAGUACGAGAUCCUCUUCCCCGGCUGNCCCUCCCUCCCCGGGUUUGGAUCGUGUUGCUUCUCGCCACGCCAGAUGUGCCAGAUAUCUCGGGAUGAGUGA